AUGGCAACUGUAAUCCCACCACCUUCUAAAAAACAAAGAAAGGCUGCUCAACAAGAAAGAGAGGUCGAUAUCAUCCCUACUUCUCUACCAAAUGUCUUAGUGAAGUUCCAAGCUUCAGACACAAAUGAAACUUUGGGUGGUUCUAUAAGAGUUCCAGGUGCAAUCACUGAAAAGCAGUUAGAAGAACUAUUGAAUCAAUUAAACGGCACAUCCGAUGAUCCAGUUCCUUAUGUCUUCAGUUGCAAUGUUAAGGGUAAAAAUAAAAUUGAUCCUGAACAAAUUAUAGAUAUUGUUGAUAAUCUAUAUUCAACCCUUCUGAAACCCGGUCACAAUACCACUGAAGAUAUUAUCACUUUGAUAUACACACCAAGAGCUAUCUUCAAAGUCAGACCAAUCACACGUAGUUCCGCUGCUAUUGCUGGUCAUGGAUCAACUAUUCUAUGUUCCUCUUUUGCUCCACACACCAGCUCUAGAAUGGUGACAGGUGCUGGUGACAAUACUGCACGUAUUUGGGAUUGUGACACGCAGACACCAAUGGUCACUUUAUCAGGACACACUAAUUGGGUUCUAUGUGUUGCAUGGUCUCCAGACGGUGAAUUGAUUGCAACUGGUUCAAUGGAUAACACUAUCAGAUUAUGGGAAGGUAAAAAUGGUAAACCUUUUGGUGAAGCCAUGCGUGGUCACCAAAAAUGGAUUACCUCUUUAUCUUGGGAACCGUUGCACUUGGUUAAGGCUGGUGAACGCCCAAAACUUGCCACUUCUUCUAAAGAUGGUACAAUUAAAGUUUGGGAUACGGGAAGAAGAGUUUGUCUAUAUACAUUAAGUGGUCAUGUAAACUCCGUCUCUUGUGUCAAAUGGGGUGGUAAAAAUCUAUUGUAUAGUGGGUCUCACGAUAAAACUGUUAGAGUUUGGGACAUGAAUUUAGGUGGUAAAUGUAUUAAUAUAUUGAAAUCACAUGCCCAUUGGGUUAACCAUCUUUCAUUAUCCACUGAUUAUGCAUUAAGAGUUGGUCCAUUUGACCAUACAGGUAUUAUGCCGGCUACACCUGAAGAAGCUAGAGCCAAGGCUUUAAAAAAUUAUGAAAAGGUUGCAAAAAGAAAUGGUUCUGAUGAAGAAUUAAUGGUCACAGCAAGUGACGAUUUCACUAUGUUCCUAUGGAAUCCUUCUAAGAGUACUAAACCUAUUUCCAGGAUGACCGGUCAUCAAAAAUUAGUUAAUCAUGUUGCAUUUAGUCCAGAUGGUAGAUAUAUUGUAUCAGCAUCUUUUGAUAACUCUAUUAAGUUAUGGGACAGUAGAGAUGGUAAAUUUAUUACUACAUUUAGAGGACAUGUUGCCAGUGUCUAUCAAGUAGCCUGGUCUUCAGACUGUAGAUUGUUGGCUUCAUGUUCGAAGGACACUUCAUUAAAAGUUUGGGAUAUCAGAACCAAAAAAUUAUCAGUAGAUCUUCCAGGACAUCUAGAUGAAGUCUAUACUGUUGAUUGGAGUGUCGAUGGUAAGAGGGUAUGCAGUGGUGGUAAAGAUAAAAUGGUUAGAUUAUGGACUCAUUAA